CGCCGCCCGCCCAGCGCCGCCCGGGGCUCCGCUGCCGAGGCCGCCGCCCGAGGCGCACCAGGCUGGGCCGGGCCGCCGCCCCGCGCCGUCGGCUGGGUUCCCGCCGGGCGCCUAGCGAACGGGCCUCACGGGUGUUGGUGCCAGAAGAAAAGAAUGAUUGAUGGGAAGCAGACACCGAGCUAUAGACACUCAUCCUUUUGCUUCAGAUACUGAUACCUCAGUGCGCCUGAGCAACGCUUAUGAGCCGUGAGCAUCUAGGAUCACCCAGGGUUAUUGGCUGUACAAUAGGAGAGCCAUCAUUUUGCUAGAUCAUUAUCUGCUGCUGGACAUCUGUUACAAAAACCAAACUAGACCCAAGUCUAAUAGAUAUGUUCUAAGACAAUGAAAAAGCUGCAAGUUGUUGCUAAUGCCUAAUGCACAAGUAUGCUAGGUUUCCACCAAAGUCCUCAAUAUACCUGAACACGCGCAAUAUCCGAAUCCUUCACUUUUAGUUUUGGAAUCUACUUUGAAGUCUCAUCCUCUUUUUUCUGUUUGUUUUUUGUUACAUAUACAAACCUACCUACCUAUAGACAUACAUGUAUAUGUAAAAUAGAGACCACAGAUAAUCAAACCCGGCUUUUGUUACCACGAAGAUUGCCAAGAAUUCAGAGAUGUAUUUGUCAAGAUUCCUGUCAAUUCAUGCCCUUUGGGUUACAGUGUCCUCAGUGAUGCAGCCCUACCCUUUGGUGUGGGGACAUUAUGAUGUGUGUAAGACUCAGAUUUACACAGAAGAAGGGAAAGUUUGGGAUUAUAUGGCCUGUCAGCCGGAAUCCACAGACAUGACAAAAUAUCUGAAAGUGAAACUGGAUCCUCCGGACAUUACCUGUGGAGACCCUCCUGAGACAUUCUGUGCAAUGGGCAACCCCUACAUGUGCAAUAAUGAGUGUGAUGCAAGUACCCCGGAGCUGGCACAUCCACCUGAGCUGAUGUUUGAUUUUGAAGGAAGACAUCCCUCUACAUUUUGGCAGUCUGCUACUUGGAAAGAGUAUCCCAAGCCUCUCCAGGUUAACAUCACUCUGUCUUGGAGCAAAACUAUUGAGCUCACAGACAACAUAGUUAUUACCUUUGAAUCGGGGCGUCCAGACCAAAUGAUCCUGGAGAAAUCUCUUGAUUAUGGACGAACAUGGCAGCCCUAUCAGUAUUAUGCCACAGACUGCUUAGAUGCUUUCCACAUGGAUCCUAAAUCCGUGAAGGAUUUAUCGCAGCAUACGGUCUUAGAAAUCAUUUGCACCGAAGAGUACUCCACAGGGUAUAUGACCAACAGCAAAAUAAUCCACUUUGAAAUCAAAGAUAGGUUCGCGUUUUUUGCCGGACCUUGGCUACGCAAUAUGGCUUCCCUCUACGGACAACUGGAUACAACCAAGAAACUCAGAGAUUUCUUUACUGUCACAGACCUGAGGAUAAGGCUUUUGAGACCUGCCGUUGGGGAAAUAUUUGUAGACGAGCUACACUUGGCACGCUACUUCUACGCCAUCUCAGACAUAAAGGUUCAUGGAAGGUGCAAAUGUAAUCUCCAUGCCACUGUGUGUGUGUAUGACAACAGCAAAUUGACCUGUGAAUGUGAGCACAACACUACAGGUCCAGACUGUGGGAAAUGCAAGAAGAAUUAUCAGGGCCGACCUUGGAGUCCAGGCUCGUAUCUCCCCAUCCCCAAAGGCACUGCAAAUACCUGUAUCCCCAGUAUUUCCAGUAUUGGCAAUCCUCCAAAGUUUAAUAGGAUAUGGCCGAAUAUUUCUUCCCUUGAGGUUUCUAAUCCAAAACAAGUUGCUCCCAAAUUAACUUUGUCAACAGUUUCUUCUGUUCAAGUUGCAAACCACAAGAGAGAUUGUGAAUGCUUCGGCCACUCCAAUCGAUGCAGUUAUAUCGAUCUGCUAAAUACAGUCAUUUGCGUGAGCUGUAAACACAACACUAGAGGGCAGCACUGUGAGUUAUGCAGGCUGGGCUACUUCAGAAAUGCUUCUGCACAGCUGGACGAUGAGAAUGUGUGCAUAGAGUGUUAUUGUAACCCUUUGGGCUCAGUCCAUGAUCGUUGUAAUGGCUCAGGAUUUUGUGAGUGUAAGACUGGAACAACAGGGCCUAAGUGUGAUGAGUGUCUGCCGGGAAAUUCCUGGCACUACGGCUGUCAACCGAAUGUCUGCGACAACGAGCUCCUGCACUGCCAGAACGGAGGGACGUGCCACAACAACGUGCGCUGCCUGUGCCCCGCCGCGUACACGGGCAUCCUGUGCGAGAAGCUGCGGUGUGAGGAAUCGGGCAGCUGCGGCUCCGACUCGGGCCAGGGCGCGCCCUCGCGCGGCUCCCCCGCGCUGCUGCUGCCGCUGGCCGCUCUGCUGGGGACAGCCGGCCCCCUGGCGAUCUAGGCGGCGCGUCCAGCCACCAGAUGGGUCUGGCCGUGGGGAAGCAAACACAGCCCCAGCAUUUGCUACUAACAUAGGAAACCCACCCUCAGACCCCCCCACUCAAACACAGUGUACAAACUAAGAAGGCCCAACUGAACUAAGCCAUAUAUAACAGCCGUGGACAGCACACCGGAGUCAAGACUGGUAAUUUCUGACUCCAGAGGCGUUGGCAGCUGCUGAUAGUAUCCCUGCAAAUCACAUUGCCCGCUGCAGAGCUUAUCGCCGAUUGGAAAGGCUGUGACAGCCCCCCGAAAGGAACGACAGAAAAACAACAGCAAAUCAACCAACCUAAAAACAUUGGCUACUCGCACGUGGUGUGCCCCACGCACCACCCGGCCCCGUGUGUGAACCAACCAAACUGAAGCAUCCUUUGCUGGCAGUGCAUUGUGGGUCUAAGGAAGUGUGUUACAAGCUGCCAUAUUGGCCUGCUUCAGUCCCUGAACCCCUUCCAACCUGUGCUUUGGUGAACGUUGCUCUGUAACCCUCGUUGGUUGAAAGAUUUCUUUGUCUGGUGUUAGUAAUGCACAUGUGUAACAGCCCCCCUUCAAAAGCUCAAGCCAGUCGUACCCCGUAUAUCUUAGCAGCACUGGGUCCACCCAGUGCUAGCACACAUCCACUGUCCAAGAGUGGCUGUAGGAAAAAAGAGAAAGUGUAUCUAUCCUUUUGUAUUCAAAUGAAGUUAUUUUUCUUGAAAUACUGUAAUAUGUAGAUUUUUUGUAUUCUUGCCAAUUUGUGUUACCAGACAAUCUGUUAAUGUAUCUAAUUCAAAUCAGCAAAGACUGACAUUUUAUUUUGUCCUCUUUCCUUCUGUUUUGUUUCAUUGUGCAGAGAUUUCUCUGUAAGGGCAACGAACUUGCUGGCAUCAAAGAAUAUCAGUUUACAUAUAUAACAAGUGUAAUAAGAUUCCACCAAAGGACAUUCUAAGUGUUUUCUUGUUGCUUUAACACUGGAAGGUUUAAAGAAUAAAAAUUCCUGCAUAAACGAUUUCAGGAAUUUGUAUUGCGAUUUCUUAAGAUGAAAGAAGCAGCCACCAAGCAGAUUCACACUCGCUUUACUGAUUUCUGUGUGGACUGAAUACACUCAGCUGAUGAAUUUAGUAACCAGAAAGGUGGAUUGGUGUUCACUAGCUUGGACAACUUCUGCAAAAUAUGAGACUAUUUCUACUUGGGAAAAAUUAUAACAGAAAAAAAUCUAAGUGAUUGCCAAGAUUAUGCCAAAGCCUGUUGGCAGAGUACUAAGAGACUUUUAUUUUUAAGUCAUGCUAUUUUCACAGAUUGAUGUGAUCAUGUGACUCUAGGGAUGCUGAUCUAUGUAUCUUUCCAAUUACAGUGUUUACAUGGAGUAUCAUAAGAGGCAACCUGGGGAACCAGGAAAGUCGCAGGGAAAUUGAGUGAUUAGCAAUUUGACUUUGAAUAUAUUCAGACUAAGUAUUUACAGAAAUAUCAAAAUAUACAGCAGCAAGUAGACAUAACUGCUGUUCCUGAGAAUAAAGUUUGUUUUAAGUACUGCCCAAGGUGUAAUCAAUUCUUGUUUCUGCCUUUUAUUAGGCCAAUUACUGUGCAAAACAGCAAGGCAGGGAGAGGAGGGGAGAAGCACUGCAAAGUUUCAAAGUGACUAAAACAGUGUGUAUUCCAUUCCCAGCACACUGUUGUCCUACAGGUUACAAAUGUGUUCGCAGCAGCAUCUUCUGGCAUCAAAAACAAUUAACAGCCCAAGCCAGAGUCUGAAGGACAGUGAAGUCUUACAUGACUUGGUAGAGCAAUAGCCUAUGAUGGUGUUAGGUCAGAAGCCCACUUCCAGUCUGAAUUCUUCACCCUCCCGCCACUCUUUGCUGAAAUUGGGGUAGCGGGAGUCUUCUGACAAAUAUCCUCGGUAAAAACUAGACUAAGGAACAGUGUGUCUUAUUGGUUUUGUUCCCAGAAAAACCAAUUCAAAGAAGGCAAUAAAAGGUAAACAGGUAACGCCUGUGCUGCCUGCCAUCCCACGUCUAAGUCGAUUGAAUGUUUGUUAUUCAAACCCACAGUCUCUUUUGAUGUAAGAAAUAAGAAAAGAUAGAAAUAAAUUAGAGCUCUGGCUUAGUGCCGGCGUGGCCAACCAGAAACUGGAGAUUUACAUUAGAAGCAUAAACAGCAAAUUAUAUUUCAGGCUCACCAAAGACUACACAUGAAAAUGCCGAUAACAUACAGUUUGAGAUUACCUAUAAUGAGGUGGAUUUCUAAUAUUAAAAUUGGAGUUGUCUUAUAGUUUAUUAGCACAAACCAAAGGUAGACUGUGUUAUUUCCAGCAAUGAUGCACUUUAUUAUUACCCACUCAUGGCUUUGUCCCUACGCUCAGGAAUCAGACUGCACAUUUCAAUACAUGGUAUUUGAAAGCUAAUUCUAACAUUUAAUGAAGACCUGAUCUAAAUCAAUUCAUCUGCCUUUUAUCUUUAUGAAGCUAUAAGAAUCUAAAUUGAUGAGGCAUAUCUUGCAUUCAGUGUAUUUAGAUAUAGUUUUCUGAAUUUCCUAAAGUGAUGUGACCUGCUUUUAAUAAAUUCACUUUUAGGUAUAUAACAAAUGGAAAUGAAAUGUUCUUUUUAAUCUGGAUUCUCAAAUUCUUCUAAAGGGUGUAUUACUUUGGUGAAACCCCAAAUCAGUAGAUUUUAUUCAUCUGCUGUUUUCUAGCAUUCUUGCAAAGCUGGUUCCAUCUACAAUAUUAUGUCUAAGGACAGGAUUGGGGUGAAAAGUGGAUACUAAAUUGUUCACAUAUUUAAGGUCCUAAUUCUUGCUUUGUCUCUACUUGGAUUAGCCCUUAGGAUUGGUUAAUCUAUCAACUUUACCACAAAUACAAUUUCUUCCAUCAACACCUCUGAUGAACAUAAAACUUCAAAGAAAUCUUUGUCCCAAGGUUCAGCUAUAUAGAAAGUGUUGGUAUUUAUAGGAACAGAAUUAGACUGCCCUGUGAUGAUGUGGGAUUGAUUCAUUUCUGAGCCUGUGCACAGGGUAGAGGGGGAACUUUAGUCCCAGAAAAGAGCAGCCCUUGCUUAGUGGGGCCCAUUCUGACUCUCCUCCCAUUUUGUCUCAGUAGCCAGGAACCUAGAAUUCUGUCCUCCACCUACUUUUAGGGUGUAUACGCCUCUUCUGAGGGUCCAAACUCCUGAAGGCAGGCAGCAUAAUGAGUGCACAUCCUUGAGUGCAAGAGGUGGCAAAGGGUGAAUAUGUAUGGAUAGAUGAGUGACUUGGGCCUGGGAGUAUAUGCUGGGGAAUUCACACGCGAGUGAGAAGAGGCUCCUUGCAGUGAAACCCAGAGCUCAGGGAUAGAAAAGAAGGGGCUAAGAGGUGGGAGAGAGAGUAGGGCUGACUCAGGGCCAGGGUCCAGUACAGAACUCUGAGCAAUCUAAAAGAUUCUAAACCUAUACCUGGGUUUCCGAUUGUUAUGAAGGUAUUUGUGUUAAAACAGCAGAAUGGAACAUAGUGUUAUUUAACACUAUGUUAGCUUGAUGUAUAACUUUUAAAUAUUUAGACAUGUGGCCUAUGGGCUUCCAUUGGUACUUUUGUCCUGGCCCCUGCCUGGUGGGUCUGCCUGGAGAUGAACACUGCAUGAGGUGCCCUUGAGUCAAAUGACUAAAUGGGUCAAAUCACUUACCCAGGUACAGGUUGGGAGAAGGCAUACCGGUCACAGUUCAACAAUUCCUAUAGUUAAUGCUCCACUUCACUUUUUCUCCAACCUGUGGCCUUACUGAAUAUAAGAACGUUUGGAGGGACUGGGGGCAGCUGUGAGGAAACCCUGAAAUCAGAUCUUUUGUCCCAUCAUCUGCACUCUCCGCCAUCAAUAAUCCAGUAUUUUGGGGCGGUAAGGACCCCAUAUUCUGAGAUGGGAUGCUCUGUGUUAUAUGGGAAAUGGGUUGUUGCACUUCACCUGUUGUUAAAUACUAAAUAAAAUACCUAUUUAACAGUU